CGAUCUCUCUCUCGCUUCAUUCUCUCUCUACUCCUCUUGGUUAGUUCUCUCUCACAGCUUCCUUCAUGUGAUACUCUCGUUGAUGUUGUUCUCUCUCAUAUCUCAAUAGUCUUGAUGCAACUUCAUCGCUUCGUUCUUUGCUAUACUUUAUUUUUGAUUCUGCAUCUGCUUCCUUUGAUUUCAGCUUGUGGGUUUGUCCAAAUUUCACUCGUUUUGUUCUUAGUGUAAUGAAUUGAGAAUUAUGGUUUAAAUAAUACUGCUUCUGAUUUUGAAAUUAGUUCCAAUUUGAAUGAUUAGAAGUGCUUUGUUGCUAUUACGAGGUUUAUGAAUUAACAACUAAAUGGUUUUGACGAGUCUAGAGCUUGAAAUUGUUGAUGCCAACCACAUGUUUGAUGAAAUGCCUCACAGAAAUGGUUUGUUUUUGAUAAAAGCUUCACAUAAUUGGUAGUCUCUUCUAUUAGCCUCUUGGUCUAAUCAUGUAAACUACAAAACUUGUUUAGUGAGAAAGAGACCAUGUGAUACGUGACAUUAUUAUAGAAACUUGUUUAAUGAGAAAGAGACCAUGGAAUCCAAGUUUUAAAAUAUUUUAAAAGCCAUGUUUAUGCCAUUUUAUGUGUAGGACAGAACUCGUUCAAGGAAAAAUGUCAACUAUCCAUGGUACUGAUAAUCUUGCGUGGAAUGAUGAGCAAACUCGUUUCUACCUUGAACUAAGACUUGAGGAGAAGCUUAAAGGAAAUAUAAGAAAUCAGAUUGUGAAUGAUGCUGGGAGACAAUCAAUUAUAGAUAGAUUUUAUGAGGUAUAUGGGGAAAGACAUCCAUGGAAAAAAUUUGGGAUCAAGUUUACUACUUGCAAAAAACAGUACGAGGCUUUUAGGAAGCUGACUCACAACAGAACCGGUCUUGGUUACUAUCCAAAUGGGAGCAUAAAAAUGUCUGAUGACUGGUGGAAUGAAUUGUGUAAGGAAUGGCCUGGAGCUCGGAAAAUUAAAGAGAAGCCAAUGGCAAAUGUGGAUUUGAUGGAAAAGGUAUUUGGUAAAGUGCAUAUCAGUGGAGCCGAGGGUUGGGCUCCUAAACAAGGUGAAGAGAAAUUAGACACAAUGCAUCAAGCUGAUGAUGAUGAUGAUGCUAUAUCAGGGCAGAUCCCUCCUACUCAAGAUGAUGAUGUUGAAUCAAGGCAGAUCCUUCCUACUCAGAGCAAUGUUGGCAAUGGUCCCUCAUCUGCAAGUAAGUCAAGGACUAGUAAAAAAAGAUCAAGGUCUGUACAAGCUGAACAAGUUGUAGCAGAAGUGAUUAAGGAUAGUGUUCAGUCGCGGGAUAAGAUUCUUUCCCACAAGAAUCAACUAAUCGAGAGACACCCUGAGUUUAGUUGUUGUCAGCUUCGAGCCAUGGAGGUUCUACACUCGCUGCCUGCUAUAAGGAUGUGGUCUCCCUUAUAA